UGCUGCUGCUGCUGCUGCUGCUGUUCUCAGUUCCUCCCUCGUUCGCCGUCAGUUGUCACUCCGCCGCUUCCACCGACCGAGGCAGGAGGAGGAGGAGGAGGAGAAGAAGGAGGAGGAGGAAGAAGAGGGAUGCAGGAAGAAUACACCUUGCCUCCUUUCACUCCCUUAUUUUUCUUCCUCCCUUCUUCUGUUUCUCCCUCUAUGCUCCUCGGCAACGGCAGCAACUACCGACCAGCACAUCACACACACACUCUUAUAAACAGAGACUCAGACACACACACACAAACAAAACCCUAGACACAUUGACACACACAGAUUGAGUGGCAUCAUCACACAGACUGAGACGCCCUUGGACUGCUGCGCACGAGGAUGACGUUGUCAUCAUGGGAACGGUGUGGAGAGACGAGUAUGGUCCUGCUGGGCUUCCUGACGUUGGUGAUGUCACUGGGUAACCUGUCCACCAGGGGGCUCCAGGAGGAGGGUGUGGCUUUCAACAGCUUGGAAGAAGAGCUGGAGGUGACCACAUACUGGUGGGGGGAGUGGGCCAAGUGGACCGCCUGCACUCGAACUUGUGGAGGAGGAGUGAUGUCACAGGAAAGACACUGUCUCAAGCAGAGAAAGAAAGUUGCUGCUGGGAAGGACAACAUGACCUGCACGGGGACAGCAAAGAAGUAUCAUCUCUGCAACACCAGAGAAUGUCCUGCUCCUGGGAGGAGCUUCAGAGAGGAGCAGUGCUGGUCCUUCAACUCCCAGCUCUACAACGGAAGGAACUUCCAGUGGAAACCUCUGUACCCUGAUGACUAUGUCCACAUCUCCAGUAACCCGUGCGACCUCCACUGCACCACCACAGAUGGCCAGAGGCAACUGAUGGUGACGGCACGAGACGGCACGUCCUGCAAGUACAGCAGUUACCAUGGUGUCUGCGUGGACGGUAAGUGCGAGCCAAUAGGAUGUGACGGAGUCCUGUUUUCCUCAAACACCUUGGAUAAGUGUGGUGUCUGUCAGGGCGAUGGCAGCAGCUGCAGCAGAGUCACUGGAAACUUCAGACGUGGAGCCAUGACGCUGGGUUACUCCUUCAUCACCCAAAUACCUGAGGGAUCGUGGGACAUCCAAAUCAUCGAGAGGAAGAAAUCUGCUGAUGUUUUAGCUGUGACUGACCAGGCAGGAAACUUCUUUUUCAACGGGGCCUACAAAGUGGACAGUCCCCAGAACUUCCAUGCCGCCGGUACUGUUUUCAAAUACCGUCGGCCCAUGGAUGUGUAUGAGACCGGGAUCGAGUACAUCGUUGCUAAGGGACCCAUCGAUCAAGCAAUCAAUAUCCUGGUGUGGAACCAGAACGGUCGUAUUCCGUACAUCACCUACGAGUACACCGUGCUGCGGGACUCCCUCCCGCCCAUACCCCCUCCCCCGGUGUAUACCGGCGCAGACAGCUCCGCUGCCGAGGUCUCCGUCGAGGUGGGCGGUCUUCUGCCUUCCAACGCCAGUGUCCACAGACAGACCGGUCCUCAGUCUGUCCAAGGGGAGGUGGGGGCGGACGGACAGAAGGGCCAGGAGACCAACGAGGUUUAUGAGGAGUCGGCAGCCAUCGACUGUGAGCAGGACAGUCCCAAAUAUACAGCUGAGUUCUGCCGCUUCGAUCCGUCAGACGGAAACAGCAGUCGUACCAUGCUGAACGGCCGACUCAACCCCGACGACCUGCUUAUUAACAUUUCGACCAAUCAGCUCUUGACUGAGGGGGCUGCCUUGUUCUCGUCGGAGGCGGGGCCGCCGGACGUGGAGCUGAGCAGUCUGGACCAGGAGGCCGAUCUCAACGACACACUAGAGUUCGUACUGGGCCACAGAAGCAACGAGAGUGGAGACGCGCUGUACCAGAACAAGACGGUCCAGGGUGAUAGGAGGAGCGCCGGCCGCUCCAACAGAACCAGGGGAAAUCACAGGCUCAAUCAGAAGAACCAGAAAAUGAGCGCCGCCGACAUGUAUCGCUGGAAACUCUCGUCUCAGGAGCCGUGCAGCAUGACGUGCUCGAUAGGUGUGUCUCGCUCCUUCGUCUCAUGCGUCCGCUAUGACGGCGUCGAGGUGCACGAUAUGUACUGCGAUGCUCUGACCAGACCUGAGCCGGUCCACGAUUUCUGUAUUGGCCGUGAAUGUCAGCCCAGGUGGGAGGCCAGCAGCUGGAGUGAGUGCUCCAGGACCUGCGGGGAGGGGUUCCAGUUUCGACAAGUGCGCUGUUGGAAGAUGCUCUCGCCGGGCCUGGACAGUUCCGUCUACAGCGACCUCUGCACCAUAGCUGACCUGGAACGGCCUGUGGAGAGGAGAGCGUGCAAAAGUCCCGCCUGUGGACCGCAGUGGGAGGUGGCUGAGUGGAGCGAGUGUCCGGCUAAAUGUGGUCAAAAAGCUCAGGUGAGCCGCGACGUCCGCUGCUCUGAUGAGACCAGGUUAUGCGACCUCAUGACCAAGCCACCGACGGUGAAGAACUGCACCGGACCUCCCUGUGAACGCCACUGGACUGUGUCCGAAUGGGGACCCUGCUCCGGCUCGUGUGGCCAGGGAAAGAUGCUGCGUCACGUCUAUUGUAAGGCUCCGGACGGACGUGUGGUCCCUGAGAACCAGUGCCCCGUGGAGAAUAAGCCGCUAGCCAUCCAUCCGUGCGGAGAGAGGGACUGUGCUCCACACUGGCUGAGCCAAGACUGGGAGAGGUGCAACACCACCUGUGGCCGCGGCAUGAAGAGCAGGACCGUCAUGUGCGUGGGGAUAAGUGCGGGGAAGUUUCAGACGUUCGAUGACGACGCCUGCGGAGGCAGUGAAAAACCCGAGGAGGACGACACCUGCUUCGAGAGGCCCUGCUUUAAGUGGUACACCACCCCCUGGUCAGAGUGCACAAAAACCUGUGGCGUUGGUGUGAGGAUGAGGGACGUCAAGUGCUACCAGGGCAGAGAGCUGGUCCGGGGCUGCGACCCCCUCACCAAACCGGUGGCCAAACAGACGUGCACUCUGCAGGCCUGUCCCACUGAGCCUCCAGAUGAGAGCUGCCAAGAUCGUCCCUCCGCAAACUGCCUCCUGGCCCUGAAGGUCAACCUGUGCAGCCAUUGGUACUACAGCAAGGCGUGUUGCCAUUCGUGCCGCGCAGUACGACCCCCGCCCUCCUAGUCCGAGACCUGCAGCUACUGUCUCUCCAACUCCAGACUCCAGCCUGAGAAACAAAAAACCAAAAAAAAAAAAAUCAAACAGAAACUUGUGUUUACUUGUACAACAGUUACUGUGAAACGGAGGAAGACGAGAAGUUUGAAACAAUCAUCAAUUUUUACGACGCAGCACGCUUCGCUGCAGUAGGUUGGACUGCUGAUACGUUUUUUUCUGGGGACCCGUAUUUUAAAAGUAACAAACAUUCACGACCCAUGUCAAUAAACAUUAUUCGUAAACUCCUGAGAAACAUGAUGCGAGACGACCCAAAAAAAAAACUCUGCGACCCACCGGAGGGUUGCGACCCAGUCUUUGGAAAACAAUGUUUUAUUCGGUUGAUUGAAGAACACACCAAACUGAAUUGAUUGGCUAAAACACAGCUCCAGGUUACAGUUAUAUACAUCAUUUUUUCCCAUAAUGACGCAAUAUGUUCAUUACCGCUACCUUUCCGAAACUAGAUUUUUACCGUGUCUAUAGAGCUGCAUGAUAUAGAUUCAACCCGUACCGAUCAUCGAUAGUUUCCAAUGAUUGAUACCAAUAUAGUAACCAACGUUUUUCUAUAUACCCAAUAAUAAUGUUUCUGUUUUUAGCCUCCAUGCUAGCUAGCCAAUGCUGUGCUGCGUUUGAGACUAGUAGACGUUUUCCCCCCUUUCGUAAGCAGUGUUGUCGUCUUCUAACCUGGUGAACACUUCCAGACCGUUGAAGAUAUUGCGUUAUCUCCGGUGACCAAUUAUUAGCUUGCAUGCUAAUGGCCGUUGCUGCGUGAAGUAGUACAGUUUCUCGUUGGUUAAUCUUUGGGUUUGAAUAACAUUAUCGACCGAUAAAAAUUAACGAAAUUAUCGCCGACAGUACCCCUGGACCACCACUAAGCGACGAAGGUUGAUGUGUGUUUCCGCUCUUUUAGAGGAUCUUCCUGUGACACCGUGUUGAGUUGGAGUUGACGAUCUGAUAAAUUAUUUCUUAUCAGAUUAUACUGCAUGGUUAGAAUAUUUAUAAUACGGAUGACAUUUAUAAAAAAAAUAUUAUUUAAAUAUUUUCAUGGUUUGGUAUCGGACGUAGCCCAACAGGAAGUCAGAUUUAAAUAGAAAUAUGAGUAUAUUUACAUUUCAUAUCCUGUCUUUGGGCAUCAAACCGACACACCUAUAGGACUUUGACACAUAUUUAUUAUUCAUAGCACAUUUUCAUUUUAAUCCUGACGCUCCUGAUGCUGGAAAAUGGUCCUUCAAUGGUUCAGCUGAGGCCAGACGCGGUGUGUGUGUGUGCGUACGCGGUGUGUUUGUGUUUGUCCACGUAUUGGAGAGACAAUGGACGAGACGGUCUGACCAAAUGUAUUAGGAAUCCUGACACUUGAAUUAUGAAAUGUAUUCACAUGUGUACAUGUACGACUCAUGAUUAUCAACUUUGUACUGUUUUUUUUUUGUUUCUAUAACUAAUACCUCUUUGUACAAAAUAUUGAAAUCGUGUACUGUUUAUAAUAAACUGAAAAAUCGGUUCUGAUGUAAUUAUUUUUAACAUAAUCUUUAUUACUAAUCCCAACCCUACUGGGUACCUGUAAAAUCUCCCCACAAGUAUACAUAUACCAACACACAACAACUAUUGUAGGUCUGACAGCAGCGGGAUUUGGCGCCCCCUUUUGGGCUAUGUGAGCAACUUGCCUAAAGUUAAUCUUAACAAAACACUACUAUGUACAUGGGGUGAUGUGAUGUCACAUGACCUGAUGUUUAUUUUUCAUAACACAUGUACAAACAUUUCUAUUUUACGAAAAGAAUCAAGAGGACCUGAACAACACCUGUAUUCCUCCACUUGGUGGCACUGCUGAGGUGCUCACGAGCAAUGUCGUGCAACUCCCUAGCACAAGUACCUGAAACACUUUGAUUCAAUUCAAACCACAACACACAGAGAGAUUGGUUACAUAACAGAAUGUGUGACACAGUAACCCCCUACAGGUCAUUUUUAAAAUUACAGUGUUGUUUAUAAAAAGAAACCUGUACAUGUGUAUUGGACCAUCCUAAAUUUCCCGUCCUUCGAUUGGA